AAGCGGCGCGGUCAGGGGCGCGCUCAGUCCGCCGCGGCCGCGCUAUAGUUCAGUGCCUCUCGCUCCGCCCGCGCUCCUUUCGCCGCGCCACCGCCGCCAUGAACGGGCAGCUCAACGGUUUCCACGACGUCUUCAUCGAUGAGGGCACUUUCCUCUUCACCUCCGAGUCUGUGGGCGAGGGGCACCCAGAUAAAAUCUGUGACCAGAUCAGCGACGCCGUCCUGGACGCCCACCUCAAACAGGACCCCGACGCCAAAGUAGCGUGCGAAACGGUGGCAAAGACGGGGAUGAUCCUCUUGGCGGGAGAGAUCACCUCCCGCGCCAGCGUGGACUACCAGAAGGUGGUCCGGGACACCAUUAAGCACAUCGGAUACGAUGACUCUUCCAAAGGCUUCGACUACAAGACCUGCAACGUGCUGGUGGCCCUGGAGCAGCAGUCGCCCGACAUCGCGCAGAGCGUUCACCUGGACCGCAGCGAGGAGGAUAUCGGCGCUGGCGACCAGGGCCUGAUGUUCGGCUACGCCACGGAUGAGACGGAGGAGUGCAUGCCCCUCACCAUCGUCCUGGCCCACAAGCUGAACGCCAAACUGGCCGAGCUGCGGCGCAACGGCACUCUGCCCUGGCUACGCCCCGACUCCAAGACGCAGGUGACGGUGCAGUACAUGCAGGACCGCGGCGCCGUCAUCCCCAUCCGCGUGCACACCAUCGUCAUCUCGGUGCAGCACGACGAGGAGGUGUGCCUGGAUGAAAUGCGGGAUGCGCUGAAGGAAAAGGUGAUCAAAGCGGUGGUGCCGGCAAAAUACCUGGAUGACGACACCAUCUAUCACCUCCAGCCCAGCGGCCGCUUCGUUAUCGGUGGCCCACAGGGUGAUGCGGGGCUGACGGGCCGGAAGAUCAUCGUGGAUACCUACGGAGGUUGGGGGGCACACGGUGGCGGUGCCUUUUCCGGGAAGGAUUACACCAAGGUGGAUCGCUCGGCUGCCUACGCCGCGCGCUGGGUGGCCAAGUCGCUUAUCAAGGCCGGGCUGUGCCGCAGAGUGCUGGUCCAGGUCUCUUACGCCAUCGGGGUGUCCCACCCGUUGUCCAUCUCCAUCUUCCACUACGGCACUUCCCCGAAGAGCGAGCGGGAGCUGUUGGAGAUCGUCAAGAAGAACUUUGACCUCCGCCCUGGGGUGAUCGUCAGGGAUCUGGAUCUGAAGAAGCCCCUCUAUCAGAGGACCGCAGCCUAUGGCCACUUUGGUAGGGACAGUUUCCCUUGGGAAGUGCCCAAAAAGCUCAAAUACUGAGCCCGGGGGUGGUCUUUGUCGCGGCUUUUCUCUCCCCCCCUUUCCCGCGAGCGUAGACUACAGAGAAGCUCACGGGAGGGGAGCGAAGAGCCCCUCACCCCGGCUCCGGGCCUCGCCUUCCCAUCUUUCCCUCUCUUUCCCUCUUUUCCGCCGUCGUUUUGGUUGCGUGGGGACCACGCGCGGCUUCGUGCCUCUCUCCCGGCUCUGAUCCCCAUAUUCCCAAUCCCUUUCCGGCUGCUUUCGGAACAACUCUCGCGACGUCUGAACUCUCUAUUGGAGACAAAAGCCCUGAGCGCUUCCCUUCCUUUUAUCCGGCUGGAAAAGAGGGAUCAAUUCCAUCCUCUUUAUCCCACCCGGACCUCGCCUGGUGCUGAUUUUUUCCUCUUUUUAACCCUCAUUUUAAACCUCUCCGACGAUGCACAUUUUUUUUUUAAGAGGAGGGAGAAUUUGGCGUUUUAUCCCAAUUUUUUUAACCCCUCCUCGCGUGGAAAAAAAAUCAUUUCAAAUCCAUAUUUGUUUUUUCUUUAUAAGAAAGCGGAGGUGACCCCAAAACUGCACAACACCCCCAUAUUUUUACUCCUUUUUUUUUCCCCCCCCCCCCGGGGCUGAGCUUUAUCUCUUUUAUUUUUUUUUGGGGGGG